GCCUCUGCUCACUCCCCCUUUGAGGCGUUUCAAAAACCUUGAGAGAGAAAUCGAAGAGCAGACGCCGCCGCCACGAUGGUCAAGUUUCUGAAGCCCAACAAGGCCGUGAUCCUCCUCCAGGGUCGCUACGCCGGCCGCAAAGGUGUCAUAGUCAAGGCCUUCGACGACGGCACUCGCGACCGCGCCUACGGGCACUGCCUGGUCGCCGGAAUCAAGAAGUACCCGAGCAAGGUGAUCCGCAAGGAUUCGGCCAAGAAGACGGCCAAGAAGUCGAGGGUGAAGCCGUUCGUGAAGCUCGUGAACUACCAGCAUCUGAUGCCCACGCGCUACACCCUGGACGUGGAUCUCAAGGAGGUCGUGACACCUGACGUGCUCACCAGCAAGGACAAGAAGGUCACGGCGCUCAAGGAGACCAAGAAGAGGUUCGAGGAGAGGUUCAAGACUGGCAAGAACAGGUGGUUCUUCACCAAGCUCCGGUUCUGAGUGAGAAACCGACGCGUCGUUCUGCUGGAAAAUGGUUGUGGCUUUGGGAUUUUGGUAUCUUUCCAGUUGAUUGUGGUGUUUAAUAUUUUUGUUGUUGAAAUAGAACCUGUGUUGAAGACUAUUAUUAUGAUGCGGUUUCCGAACAAUGUCUAGUUUAAUCUAGUUUUAUGGGUGCUUUGAUAUUCUA